AUGCACACUCACACACAGACACAUGCACAAGAACCUACGACACCAGUACGCUUGCAGAACGUGCUACAAACUCUCAACGCGUGCAUGUACAUCGGCUUGGUGCUCAUGGGCAGAGCGGCGCUGUCGAAUGAGAUGUCCCCCCCUACGACAAGCGGGAACAAGUGGGAGAGUAAAAAUGGCAAGGCAAGCUACAUGUACGAUAGGGUGUCGAGGUCUACGCUCGGGGCUUCGGCAUGCAGCAGAAGGAUGCCGCCUGGCCAGGAUUGCGUUGGCAGCGACGGCUCUGCCGGCGCAGCUAGUAGUCAGCGAGACGAUGGAGGGUCCUUUUCGACCUUUUGGGGGUGUUUUUCUGGGGGGUGGUCUCGAUAA